AUGGUAAUUAUUGGUUAUUUAAUACCACCAUUUUGUAAUAUUCCUGAGCAAGAAUCAGCGAAAUUCUUUCUUCUGCAGACAAUCCCUUGUCCCACUGAAGAGUUCUUCUACACCGAAGUUUUUGUAUGGACAAUUGACAAAUUUUGGUAUAACUAUCUAUGGAUAGCUACUGGAUCGAUGAAUUCAAGCAGUCUCCACAUUUGCACUUUGUUGCUUCUUCUGCUUAGCCGUAGUGACUUGUUUAGCGACUCGAGUGGCUCCGACCAUACAGCAACCCAACAGACAAACGGAUACCAUGAGAGCCAUCCAACAAAGAUAGAGAAUACUGACACAGAAAGCGGUCCAGAAGGUCAAACUGUCGCAGUUGUCAUGGUCGUGGUAGAUGUUGAGGGUCCAGAUGAUACCGAUUGGGAUGCACAUGCAGAGGCAGCAGAAUGUGAAGCGAGAGAUGCGGUGCAUUUUGAAUGGGGUUGCAUUUUUGAUGUCGGUUUCAGUUGGUGCCGCGGGAGCAAGGGCUUGACGGGCACGACGCCAACCAAUCAAGUAGAAUGGGAAAUUGAGGGCACUGAUGAAAAUAACGAUUCCUGUGACGAUGAGCCAGUAAGGAAUGUGUUUAUCCUCUUCACAGUUGUGCUUAUUGAUCCAUCCGACAGUGAUAAGGAAGAUUGA